AUGCAAGCUAGGCUCAUUGGCUCCAGGCUUGGAAGCCAGCCGAACGGAGCUGAGCUAAUCGUCCGUAAAGAUUGCUGGUGCCAUUCUGUUUUAUUCGACAUUAACGAUUCAAAACUUACCCCUCUCGAGCUCAAUACCGAUACCUGGUGCUCAUCAGGAGGUCUUGACAUUGAAGGUACCUUGGUAAGCACCGGAGGAUUUCAAGGGGGUGCAAAUACUGUCAGGUACCUUGGCACUGCUGAAGGCAGCGACUGGAGAGAGUACCCAACUGCUCUUGCGGAUCGUAGAUGGUACUCAACACAGGCAACAUUGCCAGAUGGCGCAUUUAUCGUCGUAGGUGGUCGUGAUGCUUUUAGCUACGAGUACAUUCCCAAGGAAGGACAAUCCAAUCCUAAACCUUUCGCCUUCGAAUUCCUCCGCCAAACCAGUGAUCCAGAAGAAAACAAUUUGUACCCAUUUGUCUAUUUAUCCACUGAUGGCAAUGUCUUCAUCUUUGCCAACAGUCGUUCCGUGUUGCUCAGCCCUACUACCAACCAGAUUGUCCGCCCUACUACCAACCAAAUUGUCAAAGAAUUCCCAGAACUUCUUGGUGGUUCCCGUAGCUAUCCCGCUAGUGGAGCCUCCGUGCUCCUCCCAAUCAAAAUCCAUUCCCAGGAUCCCAAAGAGACUCUUCCAGCUGAAGUCUUGAUUUGCGGUGGCUCUGCACAUAAAGAUUCAUAUUCCAAAGCCGAAAAACAAAUCUUCUACGAAGCGCUUGAAGAUUGUGGAAGAAUGAGAAUCACAGCUAAAAAUCCUGUUUGGAAGAGAGAGCUUAUGCCAACUCCUCGUAUUAUGGGCGAUAUGAUGAUUCUUCCAACUGGUGAAGUCCUUAUCGUAAAUGGUGCUAAAAGAGGAGCUUCUGGUUGGGGUUUUGCUCGCGAACCUAAUUUCACUCCAGUUUUGUAUAGCCCAAGAGCUAAAAGAGGAACAAGAUUUACUGCACUAGCACCAUCCACCAUACCCAGAAUGUACCAUUCAACCUCCACUGUUUUACCUGACGGAAAAGUCCUUAUCGCCGGUAGCAACACAAACAAUGGAUAUAUUUACGAUGCUAUGUACCCUACUGAGUUGCGUGUGGAGAAAUACUCACCACCUUACUUAAACGCCGCCGUUAUACAGAAGAGACCAGAGAUUGUGACCUUCAAUGAGAAAAUGACUUAUGCUCAGAAUAUUGAUAUUGAAGUCAAGAUAGCUGGUGGCAAAGUGGAACAGGGAGAUGUGAAAGUUACUAUGUAUUCUCCUGCUUUUACUACUCAUGGAAUUAACAUGAAUCAAAGACUUAUCCAGUUGGGAUUGAGAGAGGUCGUUCCUGCCAAUGGAAACUUCAAAGUCGGAGCCAUUUCACCAAUUUCUAAUAAAGUUGCUCCCGUGGGGUAUUAUAUGCUCUCGGUUGUUUUCCAGGGAGUACCUAGCAUUACCAAAUGGGUUCAGAUCAAGUGAAAUAAUUCUGCAUGAGGAUUUUCUUCAUUGAAAUUUCGUUAUAAUUGUUUUUAUCGUAUAUUAUUCUUUUAUUAUGUUAUGUUAUUCUGUAAUCUGCAUCUUCUUUGAUUAUAAUAAAAACAAGUUUUGCUUGAUAA